AAGGUGCUCUGUGCAGCUGCAGCCUGGAUGAAGCGACAGCCGCGCGGGAGUGUUGCUCUAAAACAAAGCAAGAAGGAAGAAAGCACUCGUCUUCCUCCACGCUCCACAUCACCGAGAUGAAGCUGAAGGAGGACCUGAGCCCCAUCCUGCUGCUCCUCUUCCACCUCAUGGUUUGGAUUUACACCUUCAUCACCUUCCUGCCCUCCUACAUCUUCAGCUGGCUCUCCGGACCCGACGCCGGCCACCACGGCUCCGAGGUGGAGCGAGCCAAGAGGGCGAAGUCCCGCUCGGUGCUGGGACGUCCCGAGGGCCCCUACCGAGCGGUGAGCGCCACCAAGAGGUUUGCGUCGUCGCUGCACCCGGGAGUGAACACUUUGGAUAAAAUGUUCGAGUACGCAGCCCGAAGGUUCCCACACAGAGACUGUUUGGGGACGAGGGAGGUGAUCAGUGAGGAAGACGAGCGGCAGAGCGACGGGAAGGUGUUCAAGAAGGUGGUUCUGGGUGAGUACUACUGGCUCUCCUACGCGGAAAUCCUCACAGCGGCGUCCCAGCUGGGCAGCGGUUUGGCGUCUCUUGGUCAGCGGCCAAAAACCAACGUCGCCAUCUUCUGUGAGACGCGGGCCGAGUGGCUCAUCGCUGCGCAGGCGUGCUUCAUGCACAACUUCCCAAUGGUCACCCUUUACUCCACACUGGGAGGUCCCGCCAUUGCUCAGGGGCUGAAUGAGACUCAGGUCACCCACAUCUUCACCAGCAGGGAGCUCCUGGAGACCCGACUGAAGGAUAUUCUAGAUGAAGUUCCAAGGCUGCAGCAUGUCAUCGUCGUGGACAACACAGCGACCUCGUGGCCCGGCCGUCCUCCAGGCAUCAGCGUGCACAACAUGUCUGCAGUUCAGGAGCUGGGAGCCCGGCCGGAGAACGCCGCACGUGAGCAGGAGCAGCCGCUGCCUUCAGACAUUGCCGUCAUCAUGUACACCAGCGGAUCCACGGGGAAGCCGAAGGGCGUCAUGAUCUCCCAUAGCAACAUCAUCGCCAGCAUCACGGGCAUGGCCGAGCGGAUCCCCAACCUGUGUGAGGAGGACACCUACGUUGGCUACCUGCCUCUGGCUCAUGUACUGGAGCUCAGCGCGGAGCUGGUUUGUGUUUCUCACGGCUGCAGGAUCGGUUAUUCUUCACCUCAGACUCUCGCUGACCAGUCGUCCAAGAUCAAAGGAGGAAGCAAAGGAGACACCAGCGUCCUGCAGCCCACGCUGAUGGCAGCUGUCCCGGAGAUCAUGGACCGUAUCUAUAAGAACGUGAUUACUAAGGUGGAGGAGAUGAACUGUGUCCAGCGAACUCUCUUCAUUCUGGCAUACAACUACAAACUGGAGCAGCUCUCCAAAGGAUACAGCACACCUCUAUGUGACAAGCUGGUGUUCAGGAAGGUUCGCUCUCUACUAGGAGGUCGGACGCGAGUGUUGUUAUCGGGUGGAGCGCCGCUCUCCGCCGCCACGCAGCGCUUCAUGAAUGUGUGUUUCUGCUGCCCGGUGGGUCAGGGAUACGGCCUGACAGAGACCUGCGGUGCUGGAAGCAUUAGCGAGCUGUGGGAUUACAGCACCGGGAGAGUGGGGGGGCCGCUGGUCUGCUGUGAGAUGAAGCUCAAAGACUGGGUGGAGGGUGGUUACCGCAGCACCGACAAGCCAAAUCCAAGAGGAGAGAUUCUGAUCGGCGGACCCAACGUCACCAUGGGAUACUACAAGAGCGAGGCCAACAAAGAAGAAGAUUUCUUUGUGGACGAGAACGGCCAGCGGUGGUUCUGCACGGGAGACAUCGGAGAGUUUCACCAAGACGGCUGCCUCAAGAUAAUUGAUCGUAAGAAAGACUUGGUGAAGCUGCAGGCAGGAGAGUACGUCUCCUUGGGGAAGGUGGAGGCCAUGUUGAAGAACUGCUCUCUGGUCGACAACAUCUGUGCCUAUGCCAACAGUGAAGAGACGUACGUCAUUGGCUUCGUGGUGCCCAAUCAGAAGCAGUUGCUGGCUCUGGCUGACCAGUACGGUAUCCGAGGCUCCCGCCUGGAGCUGUGCAACAGUAAGGCCGUGGAGGAGCUGGUGCUCAAGCUCAUCACUGAGGCUGCUAUAGAAGCCAAGCUCGAGCGCUUUGAGAUCCCUCGCAAGGUCCGUCUGAGCCCGGACCCGUGGACUCCUGAGACUGGAUUAGUGACGGACGCAUUCAAGCUCAAACGCAAGGAGCUGAAAACACAUUACCAGGGCGACAUCGAGAGAAUGUACGGCGGGAAAUAAGAACGAGGAGCAGCGCAGCAUUGUUCGUCCUUUCAAAGCACAGACCAACACUCCCUGUAGCCCCUCACUGCUCCCUCCUGUCCCUCCCCAUGAACAUAAGAGCCAUCGUGAUUGCUGGUGAAGCUCAACAGAAAGAAGGUUAAGUACACGGUGUUACCAAUCCCACCAUGGAAGAGGCUUUUACUUGAGUUUGUGAUAUAAGAGAACCCUGUCCCCUCGUGUACCCAGGUGUGUGACCCCUUCGUGGGGAUCUUUAUUGUUCCAGAUGUGAGUUAUGAAACAGAUGUUAUUAGUGUUAUCUAAUGUUGUCUGUUGAACUCCUGAGUGCCACAGCAGACUCAGGUCGGGGCGGACACUGAGUCGGUUCAUUUUGAUCCUCUUCUUUUGAACUUAAAGGUUUAACUUCUUCCUGCCGGUCAGGAGACGCUUCAGUCUGAGUUCUGUCGCUGCUUUAUUUUGCCUCCCACCCAGUCGGACUUCGACUCCCACGGUCAGCACAUCUCGUUACCAAGAAGCACAAAGUCAUUUGAGGGCGAACGAGAGCAGCUCGGUAACGGCUGAAGUCAUAUCUGGUGGAACAAAGUUCAUCAACAUUAAGGCCUUUGUCCUUUUUGGGGGGGAAAUGACAAGAAUUGCACUCAAUAGUCUUAUUUAAAAAGAAAGGCAGUUGUUUAGUCUGCUGCCUGCAGUGAUGGAGUAUCUUUCUUACAGAACACUUUGUGCACAUGUACUACAGAUGAAAUGUGUAAUCAUUGUCAUAGUGGAUAAAUCAUCCGUGCAAUAUGAGAGCGUCUCACUUCUGUCCAAAUAAGGCGGUUGAUUCCAGAUGGGACAUAAGAAACUCUCAAUGUGCGCGCGAAGGUUGAAGAAUGAGAGACGUCUGUGAUUUGUUCUGCGGGAUCGUCGACCAGCUGAAAGUUGCACAAGUGUGCGGCUCAUUAAGUCCGCACUCGGCACAAACGUGGCCCCCGCAUCCCUCACACCGACACCCGUCGCCUUCUCUCGCCUUUCUAACUCCCGGCUGAUUCUUUCCUGUGACGUUUCUCCCUAAGUGUACAUAUGUGUGUGUGGAGCUGUGAUCAGCAGGUGUACCGCCUGCUUUAGUGUAAGCUUUAUUAUCAAAGGCCUGUUUUGGAGCUCCCCCCCCUCGCUGUAACAUAAGUUCAUCCUAUUUAUCUGCCUUGUGAAGAAUACCCAGGUGAAGUCAAUAAAGAUUGUGUUUGGUCUACA